GAGUUUGGAUGUUCAGUUUCACAUGAUAUGGCUGUUCUUAAACUAGUCGACCAGCCACCCCUCGUCCAAGCCAUCUUUAAUGGAGACCCCGAUGAAAUUCGUGUGCUCAUAUGUAAAUCAGAAGAUGUCAAUGCACUGGACACUGAGAAGCGAGCUCCCCUUCAUGCAGCAGCCUUCCUCGGAGAUGCUGAGAUCACAGAGCUCCUCAUUAUGUCAGGGGCACGAGUCAAUGCCAAAGACAACAUGUGGUUGACUCCACUACACAGGGCAGUGGCGUCACGUAGCGAGGAGGCUGUUCGCGUGUUGAUCCGUCAUUCUGCCGAUGUUAACGCACGGGAUAAGAACUGGCAGACUCCGUUGCAUGUCGCUGCCGCCAACAAGGCCCUGCGCUGUGCUGAGGUCAUCAUCCCGCUUCUGAGCAGCGUCAACGUUUCAGAUCGUGGGGGACGCACCGCCCUGCACCAUGCUGCCCUUAAUGGGCACACAGAGAUGGUUAGCCUUCUCCUGGCCAAGGGGGCCAAUAUCAAUGCCUUUGACAAGAAAGACUGCCGUGCACUGCACUGGGCGGCAUAUAUGGGUCACUUAGAAGUAGUUUGUUUACUGGUGAGUCAAGGGGCCGAGAUCAGCUGCAAGGACAAGAGAGGAUACACCCCUCUACAUGCUGCUGCUUCCAACGGUCAGAUCGCUGUGGUGAAACACCUGCUCAGCCUAGCUGUAGAGAUCGAUGAAGCCAAUGCCUUUGGGAACACAGCGCUGCAUGUGGCCUGCUUUAAUGGACAAGAUGCAGUAGUCAGUGAGCUGAUCGACUACGGUGCUAAUGUCAGUCAGCCGAAUAACAAGGGUUUCACACCUCUGCACUUUGCUGCCGCGUCCACUCAUGGUGCCCUGUGUCUGGAGUUCCUGGUCAACAGUGGAGCUGACGUCAAUGUCCAAAGUCGUGAUGGGAAAAGCCCUCUUCAUCUGACGGCAGUCCAUGGACGAUUCACACGCUCCCAGACACUCAUCCAAAACGGUGGAGAGAUUGACUGUGUCGAUAAGGAUGGAAACACUCCUCUGCAUGUUGCUGCUCGAUAUGGCCAUGAACUUUUAAUAAACACUCUAAUCACGAGUGGAGCUGACUGCACAAGAAGAGGAGUACACGGCAUGUUUCCUUUGCAUCUGGCUGCUCUAAAUGCUCAUGCCGACUGCUGCCGGAAGCUUCUCUCCUCAGGCUUCCAGAUCGAUACACCAGACAACCUGGGGAGGACGUGUCUGCAUGCUGCAGCUGCGGGCGGUAAUGUGGAAUGUGUGAAGCUAUUGCUCAGCAGUGGAGCCGAUCAUAACCGCAGGGACAAACAUGGAAGGACCCCUCUCCACUAUGCGGCAGCUAGUCGACACUUUCAGUGCCUGGAGACUUUGGUGUCCUGCGGUACCUGCAUUAAUGCCACUGACCAGUGGGGGCGCUCUGCUGUGCACUACGCUGCUGCUUCUGACCUGGACAGGAGGCGGCGUGUGGUCCUGGAACCAGAGAGUGACGGAGUACAAGCUGAGAAGGAGAAGGAGGCAGCUCUGUGUCUUGAGUUCCUGUUGCAGAAUGGUGCUGCCCCAUCACUCAAAGAUAAACAGGGCUACAGUGCUGUUCAUUAUGCUGCAGCGUACGGCCACAGACACUGUCUGAAACUGCUUUUGGACAGAGAUGAGAACCAACAAGAUGAUGAGAACAGCCAAACCAGAAGCCCGUUGCAUCUGGCCGCAUACCAUGGUCAUGCACAGGCUCUAGAAGUGCUCCUGGAGGGUCACUGCGAGGUGGAUCAGGGGGAUGAGGUGGGUCGGACUCCACUGGCGCUUGCUGCCCUCCGGGGUCACACUGACUGCGCUCUCACGCUUCUGAACCACGGGGCCUCACCGAGAAGCAAAGAUACUCUCCGGGGACGUACACCGAUCCACCUUGCAGUCAUGAAUGGUCAUACGUCAUGCGUGCGCCUCCUGCUGGAAGACUCUGAUAAUGCAGAUCUGGUAGAUACAGCGGACUCUCAGGGACAGACCCCUCUAAUGCUGGCAGUAAUGGGGGGUCAUGUGGAUGCUGUGUCUCUUCUAUUGGAGCGUGAGGCCAGUGUGGACUUGGCUGAUCAUCAUGGUCUGACUGCUCUGCACCUGGGGCUCUUGUGUGGACAGGAGGAAUGUGUUCAGUCACUGGUGGAGCUAGAGGCAUCUGUGCUGCAGGGGGACUCCAGGGGUCGGACAGCCAUCCACCUGGCUGCAGCGAGGGGUCACGCGUCCUGGCUGAGUGAAUUGCUCAAUAUUGCAUGUUCUGAAUCCCCGAUACCUCCAUUACGAGACAACCAGGGAUACACACCCUUACACUGGGCCUGCUACUAUGGUCAUGAGGGUUGUGUGGAGGUCCUACUCGAACAAAGAGAUUUUCGUCACUUUGAUGGGAACCCUUUCACCCCGCUUCAUUGUGCUGUGGUCAAUGACCAUGAGACCUGUGCCAACCUCUUAUUUGAAGCCAUGGGAUCAAAGAUUGCAACUUGCAAAGACUCAAAGGGCAGGACACCUCUCCACGCAGCUGCUUUUGCUGGCCACAUAGACUGUGUUCAGCUGCUCCUGGCCCAUAGUGCAUCUGUGGAUGAGGUUGACCAAUCGGGGCGCAGUGCCCUGAUUAUGGCAGCAGAGAAAGGAAGAGUCGAAGUCGUAGAAGCUCUACUCACUAGUGCCAAUGUGAACCUCAAUCUGACUGACCAGAAGGGCAAUACAGCUCUCCAUCUAGCCUGCAGUAACGGAAUGGAGGAAUGUGCCUUGCUCAUUCUUGGAAAACUUCCAGACUCUGCCCUCGUCGCUACAAACGCAGCGCUGCAAACACCUCUGCAUUUGGCCGCUCGCAGCGGGAUGAAGCAGACGGUGCAAGAGCUGCUCUCUCGUGGGGCCAGUGUUCAAGUGCUAGAUGAGAAUGGUCUCACCCCUGCUCUGGCUUGCGCUCCCAGCAGGCAAGUGGCUGACUGCCUGGCUCUCAUUUUGGCUACCAUGAUGCCUUUCUGCUCCCCUUGCAGCUCUGGAGCUCCUUCGCCAGGCGCCCUCCUGAAAUCUCUGCCCCGCCAGGCCAAGAGUCCCCAAGGCCCCCGAAGUCCAAGGGACCCCUCCGGCCCCUCCAGUGAGGGCACGACCACUGAAAAUGAUUCCGAUUCAGAGACAUUUUGACCCCGACUCCUUCUAGAUACACCGGACAUAGUUUUCAAAGCACAUAUUGUCAUGAACCUUACAGAAGUUGUACAGAUUUUUGAUU